AUGAGUGAAAGUGGUGAAGACAAUCAAAGUUUAUUACAAAGCGCAGAGGAGGUCAGCGAAAUUUUUGCGGACAGUGUCUCUUCAUUAGUUUUGAUGUUAGUUGCCCUUCAAGAAAAGAACAAACCACCAAAACCAGAGAUGCAGGCGUCAAUUCAAAGUGUUGCCGAGCAAUCAACUAAUAUCGGAAACAUCUCUAAAGAGCUUGCGGAGGAAGACUAUGCCGACUUCCCCGAGAUUCAAAAGGAAAUUUUAGAUGCCUCUGGUGAAGUCUUUGAUGGCGCAGAUAACUUAACUUCAGCUGCAAAGAACUUGAAGACGUCUAAUUUAAGAGAAGGGUAUCAACAAUUAGUCGAUGGAUGCAGACUGUGUGGGACCAAUUGCAUCAAAUUGCUCCAAAUAGUCUACGGCGCUUCAUUCAAGAAAUUAGCGAACGAACAAGAGAACUUGAACAAACUUGCGGAACAACUGAACUCUCAGUUGUUUGACGAGGACCCCCAGAAGUAUGCUGAUAUGGCGGGCGACCUUUGCAGUUGUGGUUUACAGAUUUCGGAAGAUAUGAAAUCACAAGCUGAAGGCGAAGCCGUUCCUUCAGACAAAGCUGAGAUGAAUGAAAUAGCAGAGAACAUUCAGACGCUUUCUAAUGCACUUUUAGACGCAGUCAAUGCUUAUUUAGAAGACCCUGACAAUGAAGCUUUGAAAGAAGCCGUCGAAAAGGCAAAACAAGAUUUGUUGAAGGAGAUGGAAAAGGCUAAGACCCGAGUUGCAAAGAGUCACGAAAUCGUUAAGAAACAACAAGAAGCCUUGAACGACCAAACUGCAACACGAAACAGGCAGAUCGACGACACCAUUAAAAAUGCAAAGCCUCUUGUACCAAAAGAAGAACAGAUCCAAAGAGGUCUUGCUGUCUUAGAUAACUUGGAUAAGAUGGGUGAGGCCGUCUUCUGGAAUAAUCCAAAGGACUUUGUGACAGCUGCGAAUGAGAAUAUGCAAGACGUCCCUAAAUUUGUCGAUGGAAGAAUAGCGGACGCGAGAAAUGAAAACAUUCCCGGUGGAGAGGAACGCGCAAAGGAGAUUAAGGAAUGCUUCUCCGAGUUCGUAGAAGGUGGGAAGACGGCGUUUGCAGAGCCUGAAAAUGAAGAGAAGAAGGACGCUGCGCUCUCACAGUAUAAGACUGAAAGAGCCAAAAUUGUUGAACAAUUGGACCAACUUGGAUGUAAAAACGUCCCAGAAGAACCACAAAUUGAUGACGCGAUUAUCGAAGGAGAUGAUGAAGAACUUGAGAAGAGGUCUGAAGAAGCAGUGAAGUCGUUGAUGAAAGAGAAGAAGGACAAAGUAGAGAAGUUGAAGAAGGAAUAUCAAGACUUAGAUGCUAUGGAAUACGCUGUCGAGAAUGGAGACAACAACGCCUUUGUGACGAGUGCUAAACCAGUGAUUUCUGAUGUCCAAUCGACUGCACAAUUGAUCGGACAAGAAGCAGUCAAAGAGAAGGACGUCAAGAAGAAAAAAGUUGCUGAAAAGAUGGGAGAAGACUUGGCGCCAGCAGUCAACGACUCGAAGGCUUCAUUGGCUGACAAACAAAACAAAGAGAAGAAGGAAAAGGCCAAAGAGUCUAUUAAGAAGUUGAAAGAAGACUUAGAAGACGCUCUUGUAGCUGAAGGAGUAUCAAAGAAACAAGCAGAGAAGUUACUUUCAGAGAAGCCAAGACAAGACGAAGCUAUUAAAGAACUUUUGUCUCUUAAAGAAGAGGCUCUUGAACUCCAAGAGUCUGUUGCCAAUGGAAAUGCAUCUGCAACAGCCAAAAACGCGAAAGAAACUCUUUUGAAGACAAAAGAAGCUGUUCCGAAAAUUAAGAGCAAGAGCAAAGACCCAGUGGUGAACGCUAAAGCCGACACUUUACAGAAGAAACUUGUUCCCGCUAUUAACGACUCAAAUCAGUUCAUCAAAGAUUCUAAAGACGAGAAGAAGAAGGAACAAGCAGGGAAGUCUGUUGAUGAGUUUAUCUCUGCCAUAGAUGACUUACUCCGAGAGUGUAAAGCCACUCCAGAAGAGAUGAAGGUUGUGACAAAAGAGAAGCCAGACAGCGAGUUAGUCACAAAGACUAAGAAGACUCGAGAAAAGGCGAAGAAGGCCAAAGACGCGUUAAUUGAUGGUGACAUGGAAGAGCUUGGUGAUGCUAUGAUCGAGUUGGACGAAGCACAAGAUGAGAUGUUACGCAAAAUGGCGGAAGAGGCGAAGAAGUCUGGCCGCAAAGAAGACAUCGAAGAUGUCAAGAAGGCGAAGGAAGAGUACGAGGACGCAUUUGAAGCUGUUAAAAAGGCCAAAAAGGAUCCAAAAGACAAAGAAGCGCGUCAAAAGGCCGAAGAGAAGUUAGACAAAUACACUGAAAGUUUGAAUGAGGUCCUUUCCAAGGAAGGCAAAGGACAGACGGAGUCUGACAAACAACAAAAGAAAGUCGAAGAUGACUUACAAAAGAUUCAGUCUGGUCUUGAGAACAAUGACCAAGAGAAGGUCAAAGAAGGCUCUUCGAAGCUUCAAAAGGAUAUGGACAAGCUUAAAAAGGAGAAAGAAAAGGACGGGCAGAAUGUUGACCAACUCACGCAAUUAGUCAAAGAAGCACAGAACGAUACAAUUGCUUCUGCAAGAGACGCCAAGAAUGCUGAGAAGAAGAAAAAGGCGUUGGACUCAAUUAAGAAAUGCAAAGAGAAUUUGAGUGGAGAAGAUAAGAAGGAAAAAGUCUCUGAAGAAGAAAAGGCGGGUAAAGAACUCGCGAAGAGUGCACAGAAGACUAAGGGAGCGAUUUCAAAGACUAAAAUGGCGAUGUACGACGACGACCCCACUGAACUUGCCGAUGCGAUGAUUGAAUUAGAAGAAAACGAGAAGGAAAUGGUUGAAAAGAUGAAGGAAGAUGCAAGAAAGAGUGGACGUAAACACACUGAUGAGUUGAAAAAGGCAGACACUGAGUUAGCCGAAGCUCUUGAGGCCAUUCGAAAAGCGAAACAAACUGGAAAGGCGGAAGACAUGAAGGAGGCGGAAGAGAAGUUGGAGAAGUUAGACUCGACUUGUGACUCAGUAUUAGUCGACUGCGGCAAACCCACCAAAGAGGCUGGGAAGAAGGCUAGAAAGGUCAAAGAAGCAACUAAAAAGACACAAACUGCAUAUGAAGAUAGAGACGCGGAUGCUUAUAAUAAGAAUAAUAAAGAAAUGGUUAAAGAUGCUAGUGACUUGGUGAAAGAACUUGAAAAGGACGGACAAGGGAAGAAAGCCAAAGAAAUCAACGAUUGUGUGGUAGAAUGUGUUAAGACCAUGAACGAUGGAUAUCAAGAUAAAGAGAAGAAGAAGGACAAAGACGUGAAUGAGAAGUUUGAGAAAUUGAGAGACAAGUUGGACGACGUCUUACUCAAAAAUGGCGAACCCAUUUCGGACGUGUCAAAGGGCAAGGACAAGGAAGUCUGCAAGGCCUCUCGUGAAGUCAAAAAGGAUUGCGACAAGACAAAGAAUGCGAUGGACCAAGAAGAUGCAGUUCUUAUAGAAGAAGAGCUUGAGGAUCUUAAAAAAGACAACGAGAAGUUUGUGAAGUCCUUGAAAGAGUCUCCAUCGACAAAAGAAAACGUUAAGCUUCAAGAUUUAUUGAAAAGGGCUGAGGUUCUCACACAAGAGAGUGAAGAAGCUGUUCGCAAAGUUAAAGAACACCCCGAAGACAAAAAGGCGAAGAAAAACGCAGAAAAGAAGUUGGACGAACUUGAGAGUUGUUGCAACGAAGUAUUAAAAGAAGAAGGGAAACCGGUCAAAGAGUCUGCAAAGCACUCGAAGAAGUUGAAAGAAAAGCUUCACAAGAUGGACGAGGCUGUAUUAAAGAAUGACAAAGACGCGUAUGAAGAAGCAAAGAAGGAUGCUCUUGAAGAGGAAAAGAUUGUAAAACAGUUAAUGGAGAAAGACAAGACAAAAGAGAAGGAUGCCUUGGCGAAAGAACUUGAUGAAACUGUUAAAGCGUCUGUGGAAGAGUGUGACGGGUAUUUCAAAGAUCCGGAGAACAAAGCUAAGAAAGAGAAGGCGAGAAAGUCUGUUGAGAAAGCGAUGGAGAAAUGUGACGAAGCCAUUGUAGCAAAUGGAGAGAACUUGACUGUCAAAGCAAAGGACAAAAGAGAUGAGGAAGUCUUGAACGAUGUCAAGAAGGUCAAGAAUGACACUACAAAAGCUAAAGAAGGCCUUUAUGAGAACAACGACCAAAUUACUAAUGACGCUAUGAAGAGUAUGAAGGAAGACUCGGAGGACUUAAUUAAAGCACUUGAAAGUAGUGACUCUCAUGGCGAUAACAAACAAGCUAAAGAGCUUGCGGAGAAGGUGAAAAAGGCUCAUAAAGAAGCGGAAGAGAAAGUGAAAGCUGCACAGAAGAGUAAAGAUCCAAAGUCGAUUGCAGAGGCGGAGGCUGCUUUAGAUGAGUUGAAUGAAACAUGUAACGAUAUUAGACAAGAGUACGACAGACCAACUAAAGAGGGAUCUAGACAAGGACAAAAGGCUAAAGAAAAGAUCUCAAAAGUGGAGUCUGCGCUCUCAAAGAAAGAUCCAAAGGCUGUCGAUCAAGCUGUUAAAGAACUUAAGAAGGUUAAAGACGACUUGAAAAAAGCACUUGAAGAGGAAGGUUUGCAGGAGAAUGACGCAGAGAAGAAGAAGAUGGCGCAAGAGUGUUAUGAUGACAUUCAGAAGUUCAUUGAUGAAGUCAAUAAAGCGAAGUCCGACCCCUCCAAAGUCGAAAGUGCACGUGAAAAGGCCGAACGUGCGAAGAAGACGAUCGACAAGGUGUUAGUGAAAGAAGGCGAACCCUCAUUUGGCAAUCAAAACAUGGAAGGUAUGAAGGCGCUGAAGGAUUUAGAAGACAUGACAGAGGCGAUUAUACUUAAUGAUGAGGAAGAAGCACAUUUGUUGAUAGAAGAUAUGGUGAAGUCACAACGCAAGUUGACUGAAGCCAUGCAAGAAGGCAAUGAGGAUGGAGUUAAAGAUGCGCUUGAAGAGCUUGAAAAGAAGAAAAAGAUGAAGGACGAAGUCAUCAAUAAAGCCAUUGAAAGAUGUCCCGCUGGUGACAGAGAGAUACUUAAAAAGGCGAAUGAAGAGAUGGACAAGAAGGCGAAGGAAAAUGCUGAUUUAGCCGAGAAAGCACUGAAAGACAAGAAACUCAAAGACCGAGCUAAAGAGUCUCAGAAGAUAACAGGAGAGUCGUGCAAAAUAGCAGAACCAAUGAAGGCGUUACUGACUAAACCAAAUGAAAUUAAAGCAGAAGAGGCAUCCAAUGCACUCGCACAAGACUGUAAAGCUGCCGAGAAACUCGCGAAAGAGCCCAACGAGAAGAAAAUUAAAGACUUGAGAAAGAAACUUGCGAAAGACACUGAAACAUAUGAAGAGUCUGUCACGCAAAUGUUGGAGAAUGCAGACUUGACACCAGAGGAGCAAGAGAAGCUUAAAAAGGAGUUGGAAGACGUCAAGAAGAAGUCUAAAGACCUCGACGAGAAACUCGAGAAAUUGGCGAAGAACAAAGAUGAUAAGAAGGCUAAAGACGACGUCGAGAAAGCUUCGAAAGACCUGGACAAGGCACUGGCGAAGAUGAACGACGACUUUGAUGUGAAACAGAAAUCGAAGUGCAAGAAGGCUCAGAAGAAGCUGAAUAAGUGCAAGGAGGCUUGUAUCUUGAAAGACAAAGAAGGAGGUGAGACUGCAUUAGCCGAGUUGACACAAGAAGAAGAGGAGUUGAUGAAGUCCAUUGACGAGAAGAUCUCGAAAGAGUCGAAUGCUGCGAAGAAGAAGGAACUUGAAGAGCAAAAGAAAGCGACGCACGACUCUGUCGAAGAAGCAAAGAAACAAAUUAAGAACGCGUUGGACACUGGAGACGACGGUGAUAUCAUCAUCUCGCAAAUAGCGUGUGAAGGCGCAAACGCCGAUUUGGAGAAAUUGAAAGAGAAGUUGAAAGGCGGAAAGACUAAAAUCAACAAGAAACACAGCGCUGCUGAUCGCAUGAAGUACGUCGCUUCAGCUCGUAGUGCGAUGAAGAACAAGAACUUCAAAUUAGCAAGAGAAAACCUCGAAAACCUCAAGAAGAUGCUGAAGGAGCAACUUGAUGAUCCAAAUCUUGAUGAAGAGACUCGACAAGAGAUCGAAGAGUUACUCAAGAAGGUCGACUUUGCUUUGGACAACAUUGAGAAUGCAGAAGAAUUGGGAUUGAUGGACGAAAUCAGUGAAAUGACUGCACACUUGAACGAUUUGACGGGUGGAGACUUGACAGAACAAGCGAAGGCUAAAGCUAAAGGACGAGGGAUAGUGGCUCGAGCUAAAGCGGGGAAGAGAGCCAACUUAAAUAAUUUGAUUAAGGGCUCUAAGGACUUGGCUGAUAAGAUGAAGGGCCUCAAAAUGGAUGUGAAAGAUGAAGCCCACGAUAAUAUGGAUGGACUCUCUGACGCUGCUAAAGCUGCUUUACAUCUUGAUGACAUGUUAGAUGAUAUGUCGAAUGGUAUUGAUUUAGACGGAGUUUUGGGUGAUAUGAAAGUUGAAGACGAACCCGAAGUCGAAGCGCCAAAGAACAGUUUACAGUCGGAGUUGAAUGGAGUUGCUGAUAUGAUUAAACAAACGACAAUGGAAGAAUCAAAGCCAAAAGCUACGGGAAGAACUAAACAAGUCGCACAAUUUGAGGUCCCAACGAUCUGUGGAGAUAUCGCUAUUCACUUCAAAGAACUUGCUAAGAACGCUGCUAAUGCUAAUAAGGAAGGUAUCAUCGUGGAAGGUAGAACUAUCUCAAGUGCUAUCACACAAUUCUGUAAAGAACUUGCAAAGGCUCAACCAAUAUGUAAAGACAGAAGAACAGCAGAUGAUAUGGCACUCUCAUUACAAACAUUAAAGAACUUGUCAACUCAAUUGAAAAUCUUGUGCUCAGUUAAGGCGGCUACGGUGGGUAAUGGAGAUAUGGACGCUGAUGACCAACUCAUCUCACUCUGCAAGAAUAUCGGUACAAACAUGAAAAAUGGUAUCGAGACACUUGCAGUCGCAAAUAGAACCAAAAUGCUCAAGUAA